AACCUAUUGGCAGGCAGAUUGUGCGGCUGUAAAGGAUGUAAACAAACGUCGACGGCUUCAGAUCUCUUCAACUUUUUUCCCUAAUUUUGAUUUGUUCUGAUUUAAGUUGACGAGUGCAGUUUCAUUUAGCCAUUGAAAAAUGCUCAGCUGCUGCAGGAAAUAAGUCGUCAUGUCUCUGGUGAAUCUUAAUUGACUAAAUCGCUAGGGCGUCCCUCAUUUCUCAUAGGUUAUAUAUGUUUUACAAUGACCGAAGGAAAAAUGAACAAAAAGGGAGCGAAAUGUUUUCCUGGGAAAGAAUCAUUUCAAAGGAUGAAUUUUUUGUAUCAGGCGGCUCAUGUUACUUUGGCUAAAGAUCAUAAGAACUGUGACAUACCUGCAUAUUUUGGAAACUCCAUGGUAUCCAUUGCCAGGAAAUCUGUUCUUAGAAUGGAACCUUCCAUCAAGAGAGAAUUUUGCAAGGGUUGCAAUAGCCUGCUGAAAUCUGGGUUAACUGCAAGGAUCCGUAUUCGUUCUGGUAACAUGAUUUGUACAUGCUUACGUUGCGGCACUGUCAAAAGGUUUCCUACUAAACGGCAAUAUAAGCUGUGGUCAGAAUGUGAUGAUGCCUGCCUUGAAAUAUUAGAUGAAUCAACUGGUAUUGAGAAAACGGAAUUUUCCCAGAAUGAAGCCACUAAAUCAAAGUCAUUAAAACCAGAAGUUAAGGUUUUGGAUGAAGACAAAUCUGAAGCAUUGAAGGAAGAGACUACUGUUAGUAUAGCAGAAGGUAGAUGAGAGGCCCCCCCAAAGAACACUACAACCUGGUAUAUAUAUUUUAUUUGUAAGAAAUCAGUCAUUCUUGCAUUGUGAAAAGUUGUGUAUUGGUAGUUAUGUAAUUUAUGUUUGUAUUCAAUCCUAUCUGGUGGGUGAGAAAAUUUAUUGAAAUAGAAAGAAAAGAUAAAGUCAGCAGAGUUGUUCAAUUAAUUUAGUAAAACAUAAUUUUAAAAGUAUGUAACAAGUUAUAACAGUUAACAUAAAAUACAGGCAUGUAUAAUUGA